AUGGCCGAGGAGAAGACCUUUCGUUAUGGGUUCAUCGUGCUGGGUUUCUUCCUGGUGAUGACGGGGAUGUUCAUCAUGAGUGUGGAAAAACCUCAGAUUUACAUCACCUUCUGCGCCCUGGGCAUCNNNNGGGCGGCCGUGGCGCUGAUCUGGGCGCUCUGUGUUUAUUUCCCCCCCCAGAUAACAUUCAUCCCCGUGGACCUCGAAGCUGAGCGGUUCCUGGACCACAAACCCAUCAUCCUGUCCGAGCGGGAUGCCCGCUUGCAGGCACCCUGCCCCAACCAAGAGGCCACCAGCACCUACGAGAAAAGCCUGCCAUCCUACGAGCAGAUCCAGAGGCGGGCGGUGGGCUCGGCACAGCCCAGGCCCCGCAGCUUCUUCCAGCCGGCCAUGCAGGCGAAAGCAGAGGUUCACUGGGAGGUGGGGGGUGCUGGAGACCCCCCCCGCGAACCG